GUUGCUAACGCAUGCGCGAUACGGUGCUGUCUGAGACAGAGAGUGGUUUGUGAAUCACAUACCUCAGAUAACCUCAAUUUGCUUAUAUUGUACAAUUUGCUAAUAUUGUACAAUAAUAUUAGGUUAGGAAUUUAGUUUUUGUUCUAUAAUUUACAAUGGAGGUUUGUAAAUAUUACCGUGAAGGAUAUUGUAGAUAUGGAAGUCGAUGUAGAUAUCUUCAUCCAAACAGUAAUGAUUAUUCGUACGGAUAUUCAGAUCAUAACUAUGGGAAAUACUAUGGAGAUGAUUACAACUCAAAAUCCAGACAACAAAAAGGGUAUUCAGGUGGGUCGAGCAACAAUAGUAAUUAUAAUUAUCGGAGCGACAACAGUGAUCAGCGAUACAAAGGUGGAAACAGCAAUUCAUCAAACCAGAAUACCUACGAUUUGUGGUCAUUGAUAGAAAAAGAGCUGAAAGUUGUAGAAGAAGGGCGCCAAUGGCCGCUGACGUGCUUUUCAGUGUCUCGCGAGUACGGCAACGUGCCCGGGUGGGACGACCACUCGCCCGAGGAGUUGCGUCACGAAUACUACAAAUCUUUCAAAGAAGGAACCGUCGACCAGUUUGUAAGUGUUGUAUUUGAAAAUUUCUAUUGUACAGCUCUACAAACUUGCGGAGGAAGGAGGAAUGAUUUUAAAUCAAAAUCCAGGGCAUUGCCAAUACUGGAAGCGUUAAUACGAAAUAGAGAGAGCUAUGAAAGUAGCAACAAUGCAGCUUCAAGCACGCAAGACCAAAAUACGAACCUAUGGCAAAACAAAGCAGGCAGCCAGCAAUCGACUAGUCUGUUUGGAGGAAACAGUGGCACCACUGGGCUAUUUGGUGGCAACAACAGCUCUAAUCAACCAGCAACGGGAAUAUUCGGCGGCAAUAAUACUACCACUCCUCAGACGACAGGGAUAUUUGGUGGAAACAGUAGUACUACUCCACAGGCAACUGGAAUAUUUGGAGGAAAUAGUUCACAGCAGGCAACUGGGUUAUUUGGGAACAACAGUGCUCAACCGGCCACUGGAAUUUUUGGUGGGGGCAGCUCUACACCGCAAACAGCAGGGUUAUUUGGUGGAAACAGCAGUUCUACUGGUAUAUUCGGUGGAAAUAUGAAUUCCACUCAGCAGACUACUGGAAUAUUCGGUGGAAACAGCGCUCAGGUUCAGCCAAACGUAUUUUCCAAUACUCAGUUCACCAAUACAGGCGGCACAUUUUCGUUUAAUUUGCCUCAGGCUCAACAGAACUCUAAUAGUUUUUUGUCAGGUGCAAAUCCAGUUGCCUCUUCCGUGUUCCAGUCGACUGCUUCUCCUUUCCAAUCUCAACAAGUCUCACAAAACACACCAAACAUUUUCCAGCAAUCAGCGCAAGUGUCGUCAACACCGUUCAACCAACCAGUUCAAUCAGUAUUCAUGUCCACAGGUGUUGACGAUGACCUGAUGAAUUAUACAAUGCAGGAAGCUCUAACCGAAUCCGAGUUAGCCAUGUAUCAAGCUAAGGCAUUCCAAUUUGGAAAAAUUCCUUUGAAACCACCGCCAAAAGAAGUAUGUUGAUAGGACAAAUCUUUUUGUACAAAGCUGCUUAUUAGUGAUAAUUAUUCGGAAUUUGUCAAUAUAUAUACAUGUAAUAUGUUUUUGGAAUAAUGACUGAGAUAAAUAUAAUAUUUAUCACCUAAUUAAAUAUUUCAUGUGCUUGUGUCUCUGACAAUAAUUGAAAAUUAUUUUCUCACUAUUUGCCAUCAAAGUCUUUCGAUAAUGCAGACUGAAGAUGUGUAAUCAGUAUUUACCUUAUAAUGAUUAAAGUCAGUUAGACUUGAUAAUAUAUUACAGAGGAACAUUUGAAAAAGAAAAGUAGGAGCUGUAAAAAUGCUUGUGAAAAGUUUUCGAUGAUUCGAUGAGAGUUUAAUUAUUAUAAUUUAUGAUCAUUAAGUCAAUACAUACACAAUUAUCAAACCAGAGGAAGGUUAAAUCUCAGAAUUGAUUCUCACCAAUAUGCGAGUACCCAUUGAUAGGAAUUGGAGAAACAUGUCUAUUAAGUUAUUCAAUGAGCUUGCCCCUGAAGUAAGACUGUUGAGUACCUCACUAUUCAAGUCACACGUAAAAGGCUUACUCACAGAAAGAUGUCUCUAAUCUGUUGGAGAAUUUUUUGAAUAGCUUCAGUGUUCAUCUGUUUAACUGUUACAGCUUUGUUGUGACUUGUGUUGGAUCCCGUUUUAAUACCUGCAAUUCAUCAAUUGCUGCUGUUUUAUUACUAUUUGCCAAUUUUGUUGUAAAUUUUUUUACAAAAAUAUUUGACUAUAUUAUUAGUAUUUUAAAAAUAAACUAUUUUGAUUGUUUUUAAUUUUAUUGUAUUUUGACGUUUGUUACAACACUUUUGCCCGGUUGCACAACAGCCGGUUAAAUUUUAACGCGAGAACCGGUUAAAUUGGUUCCACGAGAACCAAUCAGAGAAGCCGUCUUAUCAAGAAGGCCUUCUCUGAUUGGUUCUCGUGAAAUUAAUCACGGUUAAAAAUUAACCGGCUGUUGUGCAACCGGCACUUUGUGUUUCAUGACAAUAAAGGAUUACGGUAUUGAUAUUGAUAUCAAUUCAUAAAAAUCUAAUUUCUUUUUUAAUGAUU